AUGGCGCGAUGGAGCAACCCGUUGAAAUUCGGCGAGGAUAUUUGGGAUCCCAGCCAUCGAUUCGAGACGUCGUGGUUACUGCCGCCGUGGGUGUUAUUUGCAUGUAGAGCAGCAAUUUCGCUCUAUGCGUUCGUCGUUCUCCUCUUUGUAAUCGGCUGGGAAGCAAGCAAUCACGAUGGAUACGACAUCAACGACGUCAAUAAUUCUUUCUCCUACUUCACAGUCCUAACGUACUGGGGAAUUGCCUUCUACUUCCUCAUAGCCGCAAUCCACACCUUCUCCUACGCCCUAAACGGUGGCACGCCGCUCCUCAACCGCUUCCCUCGCCCCCUCCAAGCCCUCCACCACCUCUUCUGGAGCACCAUAAUCACCUAUCCGUUCCUCGUAACCAUCGUCUUUUGGGUGAUUCUCUACUCGCCUCCGUUCGAUACAAACUUCGCUCUCUGGUCCAAUGUCUCCCAGCACGGCCUCAACAGCGCCUUCGCCCUCUUCGAAAUAAUCUUCACGCGCAUCAAUCCCGCGCCGUGGAUCCACCUCCUCUUCCUCGUCAUUAUCCUAGCCUGCUAUUGCGGGCUUGCAUACCUCACACAGUAUACGAAGCACUUCUACGUGUAUAGUUUCCUUGACCCGAAUCCGAAGGUGGUCGAUGCCACAGGCAAGAAUAUUGGUGGGGUGGGGAAGGGCGCUGUGGUAGGAUACGUGUUUGGGAUUGCAGCCGGGAUUAUUGUGGUUUUCUCGAUUGUGAAGGGGAUUACGUGGGUGAGGAAGUGGGUUACGGAGAGGAAGAUGGGGAGGGAGGGCGUGUUCUAUAAGGGAAGGCGUAUGGGACAAGGGGAGGUCGAGUUGGAGACCACGAGGAUGUGGGAUAAGUGA